UUUAUUUUCUAUCAGCGCCGCGCAACUCCUCAACUCGCCCUCUCUCUCGCACAAUCACUCUCCCUGUAAUCAUUCUCUCUCUCAACCGCUCCCCUCACGCCAGCAUCCCCGCCGACGAUCGCCUUCUCCACGUCAGCAGUCACGCUGAUACCGUCGCACGCCGGAGCAGUCGUUGGAGGUAAGCAGAGCGUUUUCCUUCUCUCUCUCUCUCCGUCGCAGCUGCUGCCGUCUUCAGUCGCCGGCUACCGCCUGCAUGUACACUGCCGCCGCCCUCGGUUGUACAAGAUCCACGUGCAGCAGCAGCAGCCCAAAACGCUGAAUUUUCCUUGUUGGGCAUCUGUCUACGUUACCCACGACUCGUUGGACCUUGAGUUGACUUACCCACUUGGUUCCGGCUUCCGAUCUCAGUUUUUGAAUAGUUCGGAACAUUAUAAAGCAAGGUUGUUAUAUUAAGGAGAGGCGACCUUGAGUCAGAAAUUUCUUGGGUAAAUUCUUGAAGGCUUGAUUGGGUCUCAAACGUUGAAACUGAUCUGAGAUUGUGAUUUAGGAUUGGACUGCCACAUUUGUAAGUCGAAGGAGAAUUUAUUUGGUUGCUGGAAAUUUGUUGAGGCACUUUUAUCGACGACCUUACUUGAACAGGAUUUGUUCUAUAGGGGUUGUACAACUGUGUCCUUGAGUUCUAAGGCACUUUUCAAGAAAUAGACAUGAGAAAUCUUUCAUCAAAUUCAUCAUUGCUUCUCAGCUCUCUUUUUAAAAACAAAUCUUUUGGUUUGCAAUCAGAAAUUCCAAUAAAGACUAUUUUACGGUCAUUAUCUUCUGAGCAUAUCAAGCACAACAACGAUGCUUCAGUUGAAACCUCUUCUAAGGUGGCAUGUCAGAGCAACUUAGUUUCUUUAGAGUCCAUUAAUGGAAAAUGUGACACCUCUCUCAAUUCAGCUCUAUCUGAAAGUCAUGUGAUAAACACUCUUUUAAGCAGCAAAAGUGAUCCAGAAUCAGCAUUAGAGUACUUCAAAAGGAUUAAGAAGGAGAUGGAAUUUGUCAAGUGCACUGAUGCUCUAUGUAUCUUGCUUCUCAUUUUGAUGAAUUCGGAAAAGACACACAGAGAAGUUCAGUAUUUGCUCAAUAAAUUUGCUUCAGGAAACUCAGGCCCCUCUACUUGUCUUAUGGACCGUUUAGUGGAAUGCACAAAACUCUACAGUUUUUCAUUGGAUAUUCAGGUUUUUAAUUAUUUGUUGAGUAGUUACGUUAGAGCUAACAAAAUUGAAGAAGCUCUUUGUUGUUUUAAUAAAAUUGUAGAAUUUGAUAUAACGCCAUCAGUUCGGUAUAUGAAUAUUCUUUUGACUGCCAUGGUUAGGAAAAACAUGAUUUGCGAAGCACGGGAAUUGCAUAACAAAAUGUUGCUGGUAGGAGUUCCAGGUGACUGUUUUACAUUGCAUAUUAUGUUGCGUGCUUGUUUGAAGGAAAUGAAUAUUUUGGAGGCAGAGCAACAUUUUUUACAAGCAAAAGAAAGAGGAGUGGAACUUGAUAAAAAAACAUAUAGUAUUUUUGUCCAUGUGGUUUGUUUGAAACCGAACUCUGGAUAUGCUCUGUCUUUGUUAAGAGAGAUGAGGGCAAGAGGUUGGGUUCCUUCCGAUGAUACAUUUACAAGUGUUAUUACUGCUUGUGUGAAGGAAAGGAACAUGGCAGAGGCUUUGAGGCUGAAAGAUGACAUGGUCAAUUUUGGGAAGUCUAUGAAUUUGGCUGUUGCAACAAGUUUGAUGAAGGGUUAUUGCAUGCAAGGAGACCUGAGAAGUGCUUUAGAUCUGGUGACUGAAAUAAGCGAGAGUGGUCUGGUGCCCAACGAAGUUACAUACUCAGUUCUGAUUGAUGGUUGUUGUAAGAAUGGGAAUAUUGAAAAGGCAUGUGAGUUUUACUCUGAAAUGAAAACUAAGGGCAUUCGGUCAAGUGUUUAUUCUUUGAAUUCUAUAAUACAAGGGUAUUUGAAAUGUCAAUCUUUGCAAAAUGCAUUCAUGAUUUUUAAUGACGCAGUUGAGAGCGGUCUUGCAAAUGUUUACACGUUUAAUAUUUUAUUGUCUUGGCUUUGUAAGGAGGGUAAGGUUAAUGAAGCUUGCAAUUUAUGGGAUGAGGUGAUUGUUAAGGGUAUCAGCCCUAAUGCAGUUUCUUACAAUAACAUAAUGCUCGGUCACUGUAGAGAAGGUAAUAUUAAUGCAGCAUGUAAGGUGUACAAGGAGAUGCUAGAUAAUGGUUUUACCCCAAAUGUAUAUACCUUUUCUAUUCUAAUGGAUGGUUAUUUCAAGAAAGGUGAUAUUGACAAUGCUUUUAGUAUAUUUCACAGGAUGAUGGAUGCUAACAUUCUCCCCACAGACGUCACAUCAGGCACUAUAAUCAAAGGUUUGUGCAAAGCUGGUCGUACCUCUGAGGGAAGAGAUUUGUUUAAGAAGUUUGUUUCUCAAGGCUUUGUUCCUACGUGUAUGGCUUACAAUAUUAUUAUUGAUGGUUUCGUCAAGGAAGAUGACAUUAAUUUGGCCUUGGAUGUUUAUAGGGAAAUGUGUGAAGUUGGCAUUACUCCUAGUGUUGUCACCUAUACGUCCUUGAUUGAUGGAUUUUGUAAAAGCAAUAAUAUAGAUCUUGCUUUAAAGUUGUGGAAUGAUAUGAAAAGGAAGGGUCUUGAAUUGGACGUUACAGCAUAUGGCACUCUCAUCGACAGUUUUUGCAAAAGAAGGGAUAUGAAAAGUGCACAUGAACUUUUUAAUGAACUUCUAGGAGCUGGUUUAUCUCCAAAUGUUAUCAUUUACAAUAGCAUGAUUACUGGGUUUAAGAAUCUGAACAACAUGGAAGCAGCUAUUGACUUAUAUAAGAAUAUGGUGAAUGAGGGUAUUCCAUGUGAUUUGAUAACGUAUACCUCAUUGAUUGAUGGACUGCUGAAAGAAGGAAGACUUCUCUACGCAUCAGAUCUCUACAAUGAAAUGCUUUCCAAGGGUAUAUUGCCUGAUGAUCAAACAUACACAGUUCUAAUCAAUGGUCUUUGUAACAAAAGGCAAUUGGAGAACGCACACAGGAUUUUGGAAGAUAUGAACGGAAGAAACAUGACUCCUAGUGUUCUGAUUUAUAACACAUUGAUAGCUGGGCACUUUAAGGAAGGGAAUUUGCAAGAGGCUUUUAGGUUGCAUGAUGAGAUGCUUGCUAGAGGUCUUGUUCCUGAUAAUACUACCUAUGAUAUUCUUGUCAGUGGAAAGUUCAAAGGGGAUUGUAAUUAUAGUAGAGAUUUGAGUUUCUAGGUUGCUAGACUCGCCCUUCUGUACUGUUACCAAAAGAAAGCAUGGUUAUUAGGUGUGUUUUCUUUUUCAUUUUGGAUACGUCAAAGAGGUUCCCGUAUUUGCUCAUUUUCAGUUUCAAAGGUAUGUUUUAAAAGUCAAAAUUUGUUUAGUUAUUGCCUUUUUUUCUUGAAAAAGAAAAUUAUUUUAAUUCACCCAUCAUCUUCAUGUAAAAAUCCCUAGUAUGAAUUUCUUUCAAUAUUUUGCAGAGAUAUCCGUUAAUUAUUUAAUUGUUUAGGGAGCCUCCUUCUUUUAUAGCUGAAAUCCUUUCUGGUGGAGGGAGUCCCUUUCUAUAGGUUUGGUUUUUGUAUGCUUGUAUAUUCUUUCAUUUUUUUCUCAAUGAAAAUUCUUAUGAAAAAUCUGUUAAUUGUUGAAAUGGUUCAAAUAUCAUGAGCAAACUUGCGGAAAUUUUGCAUGCCCCUCUAUUGAAUUUGCAUUAGUUAUUUAAGAUUAUACCUGGUAGGACUUUGAAUUUCAAAGGGUGUCUAUGAAUUUAUCUAACAAGUGUUAAACCUUUUAAAAAGUAUCUAAUAAGUUCUUGAAUUUUCAACUUUGUAUGCAAUAGGUCCCUAUUAAACUUUUUUUUUUUUUUGAAGUUCCUAUCUUCUCUAGACUCUUAUAAACAAAGAUGAGAAUCCUACCAAAUGAAUCACCUCAACAUAGUUGCCCAUGAGGUGACCAUUCACGAAGUAAUACUUAAUAGGCAAGGUUGUUAUGCAAAUAAGUUGGUUUGGACACUCACGAAUAUCAAAUAGAAAAAAAAAGGAGGCAAGGUCUUUAUUACUAUUAUUUAUUUAUUUAUUUAUUUUAGAUGAAGAAUCAUGCCAAGAGACUAGCUUCAAUCCUAAGGCUAAGCCACUCUACAAGGUUGAUGACGAACCCCAACAUAAAUGAUUCAAUAUUUGUUGAAACAAGAAAUAAAAAAAUUUCAUUGAAAUUAUGAAAGUGACUAAAAUUCGAUAAGAAUUAAUAUUAUUGUUUUUGGAUAUUAUUAUUUGGCUCUCUCAAUUGUUCAACCACCUUCUUUCUCCUACUAUUUGUCUCUUAUGUUUGACAAACAGUGAGGAGAGCACCUGGUAUUGGAUUGUUCUUUUUCUCGUUUCUGUUGGCAAAAACUACUCGCAUCCUUCGAUUUUCAUUAGGUAUUCAGCAACAUGAUUCGAGAUAAUGUGGCUUAAAUCUUGGUGGGUCCUCGGUUAUCCUCUAAAGCCCAAUGGUUAUGGUCUAAUGCUGUCGAGCCCUAAUUUCUGAAAUUUGGUUAGAAAGAAAUCUUUCUUUCGUCAAAUCGCUAUGGAACCACUUUCCUUUUGGCCUCCAUGUGGUGCUCUCUCUAAGAUCUUUGAGGACUACACCAUUUAGCAUAUUUCUUUAAAUUGGAAUGCUUUCACUUCUCUAAAUUAAUUAUGUAAUUUGUUCCAGUGAUUUUUGUUGAGAAAUCUGUUUCUAUUUCCUUUAUUUGUAAUUCUUCUCAGUGGGAUGUGAAGACGGCAUUUGGAGUGUGUCAACCUAGUUGAGAUAGUCGGGUACGCCUACUGAUUCCCUUUCUCUUAGUAAACAAUAUUUUUUGUAUGGAUGAAAUUGGUUCAUUGUUGGUCAUGUUUAUAUAUUUUUGUUGGUGAACAUGUAAGUAAAUUCCUGAUGGCAACUCUGUCUUUUGUCCAUGUUCGACUUAUAUGCUCUGCAACUGGUAAAGUAUAUUGUAGAGUUGUUAAUUAUAUAAAUAAUAUUAUUGUCGAGAAUUUUUAACACUA